UCUUACAAGCGAAUCAAAGGAGCGGUGUUUGCCUCGAACGAAGAUGGCGAGCUCUCCUCCGGGAUCUGGACCGAGCUUGAGAUCAUCAUGCUUGUCGUCAUUCAAGAAAUCUUGUUUCUAACUGACCUGCCUUCUGAGCCCGCAAACAUCACGUCGCUGUACCAGUUUAUCGCGGCUUCGGAAUUUGUCACGGAAAUUAAACUUCCUAUUGUGAAGAAGGAAGCUGUGGAAGUUCAAGCUAAGCUCGAGGAAAUGGUUGCCAAGCAACAGCUGGUGUUAGCAGGAUUGAAUCCGCAAACAUUGCCUGUCAGUAAAGUUGAGAUGGCUACCGUGUGA